AUGCUCCCUGAAGCUCUAAACAGAUUAGCUGUUGUGUAUCAACUGGAGAGAAACUCUGAGCUGCAACUUAAUGUGUCUGACAAGGUUGAUUUUCACAUAAAAGGAGGAGAUGUCCGCCAUGUUUGUUUCUUAGAAAAAGGCGAAUCGAAAUUAAAAACGUCACCGUCUAAAAAGACGUUUACUGUUGCUGCUGAUGUAGGUUCUUCAGUUGAAGAUGUCGAAAUUCCUGGAGUGCAAACUGAGAAAAUUCCAAGCAUUAGUAUGUCCGUUGACAAAGUCGAGCGGAAACUGAGUUCCACAUAUGGUGUCAAUGUCCCAGAUCCCAGCGCUUUCUCAGCUGUGGCUAAAGCAAUAUUCGGUCCGUCAGGGGGAAGCGUGAAAUGCAAAGAAGUACUUGUAGACCUUCCAGAAGGCUCCUUGACAUCAGAAACUAAAGAAGUUUGUAUUCAGCUGUGCAGAGACAAAAAGCAAGUUGCCCCUCUUAGCGACGCGGAAAAGAUUAUCAGCCAUGUGGUGGAACUCAGCCCCCUUGGAAAGCCAUUGUGUAUGUUUGCUGAGCUUUGUCUACCUAUUGAAGAGAACGUUGAGGCGAGCCAUGCACAGUUUCUUCGUUGGACCCCAACACAAUCAGGAGAGAAAGCUAACUGGAGUGACGUCUUUGUUUGUGACAAGAAACACCGCUCUGAUGAGAGUCAAAUCGCUCUUGAAUUUAGCGAGGGCAAGGCAAGGGUGUUCACUAAACAUUUUGGAAUAUUUGGCAUAAUUGCUACCGAGGAACCCAAAGCACACCAAACAAGUAUAAAAGAUGAUGUACCUUCCACGAGCACCAAUCAUCAAAGAGAGGAUGAUACACCUACAUUGCUUCAACGAAUAGGAAACAUGUUUAAGAGAGGCGACACGCAAACACAUGUUUCUGACACUGAGGAUAGCUGUGCAACAUCUCCAUCAGCUGAUCCAGCUGUGACCCCGCCUCCUGUGUCCCCUGUAUCCUCUAUCCCACCUCCAAACCCAGGCCCCUCCGCCCCAGCUCCGCCCAAUCCGGACCCUCCCUCCUCUGGCUCAGCGCCACCUCCUCCUCCCCCUCCCCCUCCCCCUCCUAAACCUUCUUCAGUCUCGGCUCCAUCUUCUAAAACUUCAAAGGGAGAUAAAUCACUGGCUACUCAGUUGGCAACACGCAAGAAAAAGAUGGAUCGUUGA